AUGAGUUUCAGUGCUUCUCUCAACCUCACGCCCGGAAACGUUUCGGCGUCAGCCAGUGUCGGACCUCCUAAGAUGAUGGGCUGGAUCCCGCUGGAUCACACCGUCAUGCACGACUGGCUCGAGGACAAGUUGAAGGAAGUCAGAAGCGUCGACGUUAAGGAGCGUCGCUUUGCCCGCUCGGAGAUCUUGAAUGACUUCGCGUAUGACAUCCGCAAGAGCAAGGAGCUGCGUCUUUACUUUGGUGCCAUGUUCGAGCAGAUUCCCGACAACCGAUGCAAAAUAACCGACUAUGAAGAAAUGCUCGACAUCUUCGAUCUCCUGCUGAAAACCGCGCCUAAAUACGAGGGCUCGGACGACGUUCCCAUCGGCGUUCCUUUCUAUGUCACCCUCCACCAGGCCCUCAGCCAGCCCACGGGAUUUAGCGCAUUUGCCAACGAUAGGGUGAACUACCACCUCAAGCGCAUCUUCGACAAGUGGGCCGAGCUGCUCAACUCCCCAUUGUCCACCGAUGUCCUACACUCCGGCCCUAAUGGCUGGUUUGGCGAGCGGGCGAUGGCCAAGUACGCCGGUUCAUUCGAAGAGCUCUUCGUCUGCGAUAAGACUAAGCCUGCGUGGGGUUUCAAGUCCUGGGACCACUUCUUCACGCGCGAGUUCCUCCCUCACGUACGCACCAUCCCUGACGACGUCGCCGCCGACGCGAGCGCGAUCGUGGCGGCAUGCGAGUCGCAGCUGUACUUCCAGGGCGGCGACCUCAAGGCGACGGACCGGUUCUGGCUCAAGGGCCAGAUCUACUCCCUCGCGGAUAUGCUACGCACCGCAGACGGCGAAGCACGUUUCGUUGAGCGGUUCCUUGGCGGUACGGUCGUGCAGGGUUUCUUGAGCCCGAUGGAUUACCACAGGUGGCACGCGCCCGUGGACGGCACGGUCGUGGCGGCGUACAACGUGCCCGGGACGUACUACGCUGCAUUCCCGCCCACCUCCGAGGGCACGUCGCUGCUCGAUAACCAGGGCUUCUUGACGGCGUUCGCUACGCGUGCGUUGGUUUUUAUUGAGGCGGAUAACCCGACGAUUGGAAUGGUGUGCCUCAUUGCGGUUGGCAUGGCGGAGGUGUCAACAUGCGAGGUGACCGUCCAGGCGAAGGAUACUGUCAGGAAGGGUGACCAGCUUGGUAUGUUCCACUUCGGAGGGUCCUCGCAUUGCUUGUUGUUCGGCCCGCAGGUGAAGCUUGACUUCGCGUGCAACGUGGAUGACAAGAUCACGCUGAGGUCGCAGAUUGCGACGGCGAAGCCCAAGAACUAAGGAUGAUAUAUGGUAUUGAUGUUUUG